GCUGUCCUGAGCGCGGUCGCCGUGAGAUCGCAUCCACAGCAGGGAAACUGCGAGAUCUAAAGCUGAGAGUGAAACGCAGAUAUUCACAAUAACCUCGUAAAUGUGUCGCUGUUUAUUUGUCCUCCUAAGAUUUCCUCUUCUCUCAGACGCGCAUUUUUUUUCCUGAAAGGCUGCUGCGUAAAAAUAGAUGUACAGUUGUCCAUAACUGGCCCCAAUUGACACAAUAGCUCCCAUUCCUCAGACGUAGCUCCUCCCUGUAUGUGUGAGAGCGUGUGUGUGUGUGUGUGUACGUGUGUGUGGAGCGGGUGGGUGACAGCUGGGCUCGCUGCGCUCCGCUCCAGUCUAAGCUUCUCCAAAUAGGAUGACCGUCGGCUUUUGUGGAAGAGGACUGCGCACGUCUUCGUAGCUCGUUCUGGGACACCCUGUCGGUUCGGUCCGCAUUGUCUCACCCGAGGAGAACCUAUAAGAACUAGAACAUCGCCUGCAUGUAUGGUGUGGAUUCCCGAUGGAUUUUCCGAUUUGAAGAGGUGCGAUUUGAGCGCGGCAUGUAACAAAAAGAAGCGCAAGAGGAAAGUAGCGCUCGUAUUGUUAUUCCGAAACGAGCUCCCCCGUCUGAAGUGCAAGAAAGGACAGAUCAAAUGGAUUAUUAAAAUAAGAAACAGAGCUGCCAUAUCCAUUCAUGAGCUGAAGGCAAUUCCACACAUUUAGCAGAGGACCAGCAGCAGCGGCGGCGGCAGCAGCGGCGGCGGUGUUGGAGUGACCAUGAGGUCAGAGGCCUUAGUACUCUACUUCACGCUACUGCAAAUAGCCGGGGCGGGUUUCCCUGAGGACAGUGAGCCUAUUAGCAUCUCACAUGGCAACUACACCAAGCAGUAUCCGGCAUUCGUGGGCCACAGACCUGGGAGGAACAACACACAGCGGCACAAACUGGACAUCCAGCUCAUCGUGAUCAUGAACAGGACGUUAUACAUCGCUGCAAGGGAUCACAUAUACACGGUGGACACGGAGACUGCCAACGGUGACGAGAUCUUUUCCAGUAAGAAAAUGACCUGGAAGUCCAAACAGGCAGACGUGGACACUUGCAGAAUGAAAGGAAAGCAUAAGGAUGAGUGUCACAACUUCAUCAAAGUGCUCCUGCAGCAAAACGAUGACACCCUGUUUGUUUGUGGAACAAACGCCUUCAAUCCGUCCUGUCGAACCUACAAGAUGGACUCCUUGGAGGCUCUGGGAGAAGAGAUCAGCGGGAUGGCACGCUGUCCGUACGAUGCCAAGCACGCCAAUGUUGCACUCUUUGCUGAUGGCAAGCUGUACUCAGCCACAGUAACAGACUUCCUAGCGAUCGAUGCGGUCAUCUAUCGUAGUCUCGGCGACAGCCCGACUCUUCGCACUGUCAAACACGACUCCAAGUGGCUGAAAGAGCCGUACUUUGUCCAGGCAGUCAAUUACGGAGACUUCAUCUAUUUCUUCUUUCGGGAAAUCGCAAUGGAGUACAACACAAUGGGAAAGGUGGUGUUCCCCCGGGUGGCGAGGGUUUGCAAGAACGACCGCGGAGGCUCGCCCCGCGUCCUGGAGAAGCAAUGGACGUCGUUUCUAAAGUCCCGCCUGAACUGCUCCAUCCCGGGAGACUCCCACUUCUACUUCAACAUCCUGCAGGCCGUGACCGACGUCAUCCACAUCAAUGGGCGUGACGUGGUGAUGGCCACUUUCUCCACGCCUUACAACAGUAUUCCAGGUUCGGCAGUGUGUGCCUACGACAUGGCGGAGGUGGCCCACACAUUCACGGGGCGUUUCAAAGAGCAGAAAUCCCCAGACUCCACCUGGACGCCUUUUCCCGAAGAGAGGGUUCCCAAGCCUAGACCUGGCAGCUGUGCCGGCACUCCAUCCAUGGAGAGGUACAAGGUAUCCAAUGAGUUCCCUGAUGACACACUCAACUUCAUCAAGAUGCAUCCCCUGAUGGACGAGGCUGUGCCUUCUAUCGCUCACAGGCCCUGGUUUCUCAAGACCAUGGUGCGGUAUCGUCUGACGCGCAUCGUGGUGGACAACGAGGCAGGACCCCACAGGAGCCACACGGUCGUGUUCCUGGGAUCUGAGAAGGGCAUCGUUCUGAAAUUCCUGGCCAAAAUGAACAAAGGCUUCCUCAACGACAGCCUGUUCCUCGAGGAGCUCAACGUCUACAACCCGGAUAAGUGCAGUAUAGAUGGCGUGGAAGACAAGCGAAUCAUCGGGAUGCAGAUCGACAGCAGGGGUAACGCUCUUUGGGUGGCUUUCACCUCCUGCGUGGUCAAAGUGCCGCUGUCUCGCUGUGAAAGGCACGGACAAUGCAAGAAGUCCUGCAUAGCCUCCAGGGACCCGUACUGUGGUUGGGUGCCAGAAGGGGCCUGCCGACAGGUGACUUCCAACACCAAAUCAGCCUUCGAGCAAGACGUGGAUCAUGGUAACACAGAUGGCCUGGGAGAUUGCCAAAAUACCUUCGUGGCACUGAAUGACAUCCCUUCCGGUUAUGAAGGCCACCACCAUCACCAUCACCACACCCUUUCACUUCCCACCUCAGCCCUCCCCGAGGCAGCGGAGGGGCCCCUGGGGCGGAAGGACCCCCCUAUGAGUUCAGACAAAGGGGAGGACCCCUACCUGGCGGUGCCUUCUCAGACUCAACCUGAAGCCAAUGGUGUGAUCCGUGAGAGCUACCAGAAGGGCCGUGACCAGCUGGUUCCUGUAACCCUCCUGGCCAUAGCUGUCAUCCUGGCAUUUGCAAUGGGCGCCAUCUUCUCCGGUCUCAUCGUCUACUGCGUCUGUGACCACCGGCGGCGAGAUCUGGACCUGACGGGUCGCAAGGAGAAGGACACCCUCCACCUCCACUCCCGCCGCGGCUCGAUGAACAGCGUGACCAAGCUGACCGGCCUGUUUGAGACGCAGGCCAAAGACGGCCGCCCCGAGGCCAUCCUCACCCCUUUGAUGCACAAUGGGCGCCUGACGCCGAAUGCCAAGAUGCUGAUAAAAGCCGACCAGCACCACCUGGACCUCGCUGCCCUGCCAACACCCGAAUCCACUCCCAUGCAGCCGCGCCGUAAGCCCAGCCGCGGGAGUCGCGAGUGGGAAAGAAAUCAGAACCUCAUCAACGCCUGCACCAAGGACAUGCCGCCUAUAGGCUCUCCUGUCAUUUCCACAGACCUGCCGCUGAGGGCUUCGCCCGGCCACAUCCCCAGCGUGGUCGUUUUGCCUCUGCCGCAGCAUCAGCACCAGCUUCAGCCUCAUCUGCAGCAGUCCUACCAACACGAGUACGUGGAGCAGCCCCAUCACAGCGACCUGAGCAUGGCCCACGGCGUCAUGGAGGACCAAGGCGCCACCUUGGAGUACAAGCCGGGAAAGAGCCACAUGGUGGAUCCAGACGGUAUGUUGCCGCCUCGCGUUCCCCAGCGAGAGGCGUCACUUACCGUCCCUCCCGCCGUUCCUCAGAUGGGCAAACGUCUGGAGGUCCACUCGUCGGUGUACGGCCUCCGGAAAGGAUCGGCGUCUUCUGCGUCCGGAUCCUCGGCCCUCAGGAAGCACAACACCAACUCGUCCAACUCCUCCCAUUUGUCGAGACAUCACAGCUUCCGCGUGGAGACCCCUCCGCCCGCACCGCAGAGGGUGGACUCCAUACAAAUGACAACGCAGGGCAUAUCGCUGUCUCGGCAGCCUGGGAUGAUCACUUACGGCUCGCUGCCUCGAACGGGCAGCAAACACCUCAAACCCGACGUCCCCCCGAAGCCCUCCGUAGUCUCUCUCUCAACAAAAGCAAAGUCCAGUGACCCCGGCACAUAGUCAGCUCGUAAACCCCAUUAAACUAGACUGAGCGGACAGAAGCGAGAGGUGUUUUCAGACAGAGCGAAGAAACAGGGAAUACUGUACAACUUGCAUCUCCUUUUUAGUGCUUUUGUUUGUUUUCGGUGGAAUUAUCACAGAUUUUUUUUUUUUUGUUUUUUUUUUAUAAAAUAAUUUGUUUUUAUAUAAAUAUGUAAAUAUCCAAUGGGUGUUCUCUGUUGUUGAGCUCAGCUCCCAGUUUUGUCUGUAAACACAAAGAGGAAGACGUACUGCUGGAAGAGGAAGUGAAGCCUGUCCUGAUAUUUCACAUAUUGGCACCCUGUAGCAUUCAAGAUGGUGGCUUUCCUGUUUGUAGUGUCUUCAGUCACCGGGACUUGACUUUUAAUACAUUAUCGUGCCGACUGAAUCGCAUAGUGACGGCGCAGAGGUCAGGAGAUGGACAGUAAUCAAUGUACAGAAGCACUCAGAGAGACUGAAUUCAGUCUGAGUCCUGUUGGAAACUGUGAAAAGAGCCUCAGUGUUACAGCAAUCAAGACCUGCCCGGGCGCCGCUCAAAGCCUGGCCGGAAGAAUCUUCUACUGUACUGAACAAUACGUGACUGUUAAUACUAAUAGCCUGUUGUAUUUAUUUUUAUUAAGUGCUUUAAAAGAACGAACUGACUUUCUAGGCUUGGACAGAGAGAGAGAAAGAGAGAAAGAGAAGACAAAGAAGAGGUCUUUUAAUAUUAAUUAAUCAAGUGAGGAAAACAAAAAUAUUUAAAGUCAUUAAACUGGAGCCAGUAGAACUUUUCUUGUAGACUUUAAAAUAAAAAGGUCUUACUGCGUGCUCAGUGGGACCUGCAGCUUGUCGUACAACGAAGAGGAGGAGAUAUUUAUUUCAACUGUGCCAGACCAGACUUUUACCGUUACAGACUAGAGUUUCCAUGGUUUUGAACCAAUUGAGAAAAAAGAAAAAGAAAAGAAAAAACAUCUUAAAAAAUCUCCCCCUUUCACUCCUCCGACGAGCACCCAACCCCCCCGCCCCCCCUCCUCUUCCAAUCAGCACUGUGGUAUUUUUCUUUUUUUGUCCAAAAAGAAUUUGUCCUGAUUAGCGCACUGUUGCAUGUUACACAUGAAAAGGAAGAGGUGCUGCAGCAACAGUGCAGGAAUCAGCAUUCAAAACGAAGCUAAUCGUGGCAACAGAGAGAGAGAGACGCUGGUCCGCUGCGGCGUCGCGUGGACGAGCAGAGAGAAAAAAAUAAAAAUCUGAAAAAAUGGGAACAAAAAAAAAACUUUUUAUCAUCUGCUUAUUUUUCCACAUGUAAAUUUGUGCCUUACACCCUAAAGUAGUGACAAUGUUUUUCUUUAAUAGUUGUUAACUUUGUGUCCUUGUUGUAUUCCUUUUUAUUUUCAUUUUCUUACGUCAUAUUUCCCUUGUUUGAUAAAAAAAAAAAUGCAGUUAAAGAAUGUAGGUGUUAUUGUUGUAAUUCUGGUCCCUUAGACAUUAACACAGUUAACAGGUCAGACGGAGGAGAGGAAGGAGCAAUCACUUUCUUCUUUUUUACCCCUUUCUGCACACACACACACACAUUCACACAUCUUUCUGGUUCAUUUCUGACUGUGCCAUUAAUCCGCUUCGAGCAGCCCUUUACGUUGUGUUGGCAUUCUCCGUGAUUUCAUUUAAAAAAUAUAUAUAUAUACACAAGUUAAGCGUCCUGGUGUUUGUUUAUAAUCUUUUAUGUUGUUAGAUGUAAUUAUCAGACAAGUUGAGAUGUGUUACCCUUUCAGAAGGCCAAGGCUUUUAGGUGCAUUGCAAUAAUAAUGCAACAGCACCACAGAAAGCUAUUAGUAUGAGAUACAACAGGCCCCCAGUGAGCUAACGCAGCUCACUGCUACUUAUUAUAAGCAUUCAUUUCUUAGGCAGUUGCAUAAACAGGCUGGUUCCUGUGAAGAAAGCUGGGAUUUUAAAACAGUAGUAAAAAAAAAAGUUUCUCUAUUUAACCCCGUUCUUUUGUAAGAAAACUAUUUGAAAAUAUUAGUGUUGCUUUGUUUUUAUUUUUGCUUUCUUAUCAAGGCCUGAGAGUUUGACUUAUGUGACCUCUUCUGUUUCCUACGAUCACCCCUCACCAAAACACUUAAAUCCGUGGAGCCUAGUGGAUCCUAGUGGUGUACGUGUAGCUAGGUCAACGUUUUCUUGAUGUCCAGCGAUUUGUUUUUCUGUUUCUCAAUGGAGGAAAGCCAACGAUGUCUCUAUCCACAGCUGAGCAAAGAGGGAUAUGUAGGAUCUUUGAAUGGGUUUCUUUUUUUUUGAGCGUGUGUGUGUGUGUGUGUGUUGUCUAUAUGCUUAAAGGAUUUGGUUGCAAAAUCAGGUGAAAAUUUCCUCAAAGCAUGAGCCAGAAUAUCAAAACAUGUUGUUGACAGUUUUUUCCAGGAUAUAUAGCGUUGGGAACAUUCAUUUGCACCCCUGUUAAAAAUAAAUUCUGUGUAAAAAAACAACAACCUUAAAAUAGUUCAAAUAAGCGUUUAUUACAAUAACAUGAUCUCACAAGGCAAAGUCCAACAUUUAAUUGGGGAAAAAUCUGUUUAACGAAAAGAAAACAGUAUUAGCACUGGUCAUUAGAUCAGUGCUAAUACUGGUCUAAUGACCUCUUUCUGUCAAAGAUCUACAAAAUGGCUAUCUGAUCACUAUCGAGCUUUACGUAUCCUGGUAGAUCCCACCAAAGUUUCAUGUAAAGUGGUGUUUUAAAAAGUAUUAUAAUGUUAUAGGCACACAGCAUCACACAUCCUCCAAUGUGCCUAACAGUAGGCAUGAGGAAAUUCAUCAUUUGUUUCAUGCCAAACCAAUCUGGAGUGUUUUUUGGCUGAAAUUUCUCUUUUCUUGGCAUCACUCCAAACAUCAAGAUGGCCCUAAGAUGCAUCUCUUUGCUGUUCUCUAACAGUAAACUUUGGAUCCUCCUUCCUGUCACACUGCCAUGAUGGCAAGAUAAAUAUCCUCAUCCAGCCUUGUUUUACUCUAGGAAAAACUAAAGUCACGGAUGCUCUGAAAUGUAAAACAUGCAUUUAGAAGAUCCCAUAAUUGCGCCACUGGUGAUUAUGUUACAAACAAUUAACUCUUAACAUUUUCCCUACUAAGUAUGUGUGCUCAAAUUAAAGGUUGGAUUUUCCUUUCCCUCAAAUUUCUCAAGUGUGAGGUCAUAUUAGUUACAAUAAAAGAUUAAUUCAAUUUAAAGCCUUUCACACAUUUACCAUUUAAUGUGUGCAAGUAGUCCAAAAUAAGCAUGGAGGUAUGAAAGUUUCUCUGGUAGGGACUGGACACAAGUUCAUCCCUGUUUCCCCAAGCCUGGAAUAUAACCAACAACCUGUUAACAAAUGUUCUGAUUCAUGAAUCAUUGUGUCGACAUAGAUGGAGGACAACAGCCCCCGUUAAGGCGAGAGGGUUAAAUGUCCUCUUUCUGUGUAGACAGGUGAAUCUGUGGGUGUGUUUAUUGUGAGCGUCAAGCAUUUAGAUGUCAGAGCAGGACUCGAGGAUUUUUCUACUGGCUGGAUUAGGACUGACUGUGACGGCUGCUGUGGACAGUGAGGUUCUUUAGUGUGUGCCUUUUUUGUCUUUCACCCUUGUUAUAAUUCACUGCUGUUAGAUGCAAAUCAACUCUUAUCGACUUUUCAAACUUUUGAACUUUGUAAGCUUGUAAGAUAUUGUGACGUCACAAACGUUUUUUGCCCUACUCUCUCUCCACUUCCUUAACAUCUGAUUCACAGCUUAAUGUAUGUUGUAAAGGAAAAAAAAACUCUUUAAUUUAAUGCGAAAUGUAACGAAAAAAAGGAAAUAAAAUUCUUGUCACGAAGA